UUUCUUGAUUGUUGGUUGGACAGCAUAAGCAUGGGAACAAAAACAUAUGCUCGCGUCGUCUCCCCACUUCAUAUGGGGGGAGGGUGUAUAGAACUAGGGGGGCAGCUCAUGCAUGUGGUGGUCGUGCCAUGGUGUGAGUUUGGUUUUUUGGCCACAAACGAUGGAGCGAACGGCUAAAGGUGGUCAAUUAUCUGUGGAUGACAGAGCAGUUGUCGUAGUCGUAGUUUUGGGGCAUUCCCGAACUGCACGAUUGCUUGUUCACGGUGCCCUAUAUCAUCGACCGGAAAGAUUACGGUGAACAAGAGAACCAACGACAUAUGGGCGAGUCGGUAACAUUGGACGUGGAAUGUGUGAAUUCUUGCUGCGAGCGAAUACUGUACGUGCGGCGUAUCGUGGCUGCCGUUAUCUCUGUGUGCCACGGUGCUGCUGUCAUCACCUGUCGUAAUUGGUCUAUAUUUGACGCAAGGACUCAGUGAACUAUUUAAAUUCCUCGCUCAGGGUGCCAGAUUGAAUCAUUCCAGUACAGCAGGCGACACUUGUUACGCGGUGCGAUAAAAUGGAUCCGGCAACGCUCGAGGAGAAGUAUCCCUUCAUCACCAAGGAGUACCUGCAGGGCAUACUGCGGCGGGAGCAGCGCGAGAGCGCCAUCACGGUGGAGAGCUUCAAGGUGGUCGCACCGUUAGCCAAGGGUGAAAACUAUUCCAGUGACAUCUUGCGGGUGACGGUAAACUAUACGACCGGAAGCCACAAUCACAGAACUCAGACGUACAUUAUCAAGGUGUCGUUUGCGCGGGAUGAGGAUGCCGAUCUGCUCGAUGCGUACGAUGUGUUCAAGCGGGAGAUUGCCGUGUACGAUGUGGUGAUGCCGAAGGUCGAGCAGUUGCUAAGCUCGAUCGGAUACAACAAACGGCUGGCACCGGCUGCUCACGCGAUCCACACCACCACGAUCAAGCAUUUCGUGUUUGAGGAUCUGUCCCUGCAGGGAUACAAACCCGUCGGACGGACGGCUGGUUUGAACUUUCAGCAGCUUCAGCUUGUGUUGACGAAGAUCGCCAAAUUCCAUGCUGCUACCGCAGUUCUUUACAGCAUCGACGAAGAAAGCAUGGCGACGCAUCACUACCGCAACAUUAGCGAAGAUGUGCCUCAUUUCUAUCCAUUGUUCCAGAACAGUAUGGUUUCGUGCAGUGAGCAAGCAUCGCAAUGGCCCACGACCAAGGGUAGAAUAGCGGACAAGUUGCGCGCACUGGAGAAAACGAUCAUUGCCAAAGGCUGCCGGGUGUACACCCGGUGCGAAACGGACUUUAACGUGCUGAAUCACGGCGAUCUGUGGGUGAACAAUGUGAUGCUAAAAACGGAACCGAACGGGAAGCCGACCGACGUGAUUUUGGUUGACUAUGCGACCGGGUUCUUCGGUUCACCGGCCAUCGAUCUGAGCUAUCUGCUGUACACAUCGGCCGCAAACGACGUGACGGUGGAUGACUUUGAUCUGCUGCUACAGCACUAUCAUGCCGAGCUGGUUGAUACGCUGUCCAAGCUGAAGUACAGCAAAAAAAUGCCCACCCUGCUCGACAUACAGAUAGAGAUGCUGCGCAAAGGCCAUAAUGGGGUAAUGUUUUCCACCUUCCUGAUACCUCUCCGAUUGCUGGAAGACACCUCGAACGCUGAUCUGGGCGGUUUGUUGGGCAGAACGGAGGAAGCGGUCGCUUUCCGGACGAGGCUCUUUUCACAUCCCAAGUAUCAGGACCGUAUGGAGUAUCUGUUGAACUUCUUCGACCGGAAAGGCUAUCUCGAUUGAGCAAGGCGUCCGUUCCGGGGGUCUCGAUUGACUUAUCUGGCUAUGGGUAAAUCUCGUCUUUAGGAAGUCUUUACGCUCUACGUCCAACUCUGGUACUAAAUAAAUAGGUGUAGUCGAAUGCCGAGUAGAAUUUGUGUGUUAGUUUAUUACCAUUUUGUGGAGAAUUUCUCAAGAUCCUUUGCUUUCUAUUCUAGAAAUCCUUUGUACAAAAAGUAUGGCAGAAGCGGCUCGAUGAUUUCUCGAUACUCUUCCCGAUUGUACAGCUGACGACGAUAGGCACGGGCAUCUUCCUCGUUGCCGUACACACUGAUGGAUUGGUUGUAGUCUGCGAACAGGAACGGUAUGAAGCAGAUCGCUAGCACGAUCUCCAGAAAUCCCGCACGCUGUAGAUCACAGUUAACGUCGAGCAGGGUAGGGACCUUCCCCAUAUAUCCAACAGUGUCUAAAGUGCGCGUGAAUUCCUGAUGGUACAGCUGAAUCAGCUGAUGGCGUUGUGUGUCACGCGUCUCACGGUUGCAGAUGAAGUACAGAAAGUACAACAGAUCCACAGCCGGCGUUGUCCAGCAGCUAAGCUGAAAGUCGUACUGCAAGGGAAGCAAUGUAAGUACACGGUGGUAUUGAGAAUUCUUGCCAACGCCACUUACGAAAGCUACAUC